AAAAGAGGGAACGAAAUCGAUCUAUCGUGCCCGGAAAAAACAAACGGCUAUCGCUUGUUUUCCCUUCUUCGUUUUUCUCCUCAUUUUCCUUGCAGUCUGGGAGGUGGGAGAAGAUGAGGAGAAAGCUAAUGGUAUCGUUCUCAUUAUCUCUUUUUAGAUGUAGUUUACGGAUUUUGGACUCAUUCGGUACAGAGGCUGAAUUUAAUUACGCCGAGUACCCAUCAGAAGGGGCCGAUUUUGGAAACCUUGAUAUUCAACUGCGACAGAUGCUAACCAUGUUCCCUCACAGCCCUGACAAUCUCUUCCUUGGAUUUGCUAUCGACAAGGUAGUUGCCAUGGAAACGAGCCAAGGAGCCUCGCUUAACGAUACAAAGAAACCAGCCGAUAAACCAAUCGGUUUGUUGUACGCCAAAGAUGCUUUGUUUUUAUUUGAUAGAAGAAACUACAUCGAUACUCUUAGCAAAUACUUGGAGAUACACGGCACCAUUGGAAAUGAAACAGAAGAACAACAGAAAGACGUCCAAGAUCAUGUGCCGGAUUACGUCAUUAAUCAUGGAGUAAUGAAGGCAGGCGAUCUUCAGCAACUGCUGAGAAGAAGCAAGAUAUUUAUUGGCCUUGGAGAGCCCUAUGAAGGGCCGGCACCACUCGAAGCUAUUUCCCAAGGAUGUGUUUUUAUUAAUCCCAAGUUAGAUCCUCCGCUUAGUCGAAAAAACUCAGGCUUUUUCGAAGGAAAGCCAACUUAUCGGAAGUUGACGUCACAACACCCAUAUAUGGAAACAUUCAUUGGCAAGCCGCAUGUAUAUACCAUUGAUGUCAAUAAUCUUGAAUUAGUGGAAUCUACAGUGAAAGAAAUAUUGUCAUCAGAGGCGGUAAAGCCAUUUCUUCCGUAUGAAUGGACUCCAAAAGGCAUGCUGGAACGGGUCAAUAUCUUUACAGAGAAGUUGGAUUUUUGCGAACAUGGAGAGCAAUGGCCACCGUUGAAAGAAAUGCACUUAACAUUAGGUUCAAAUGGCGACUCGUGUAAAGACGCAUGCAGGAAAAGUGGCUUUAUUUGUGAGCCAUCCUUUUUCAAUUACAUUAAUUCAGCAGAGGAGUUCCAAAAGUUGGGAGUAUCCUGUGGAAAACAAGCUAAGGAGGAAACUCUUCAUGCGCCUUCAUACAAUCCCGCUGACCAGUCAUGUACAUUUCAAGCAAUGCCGCUUUUAUUCAGCUGUGUAGCUAAAGAUCCAGCACGUAUUCGCUUGUGUCCAUGUCGAGAUUACAAGCCUCAACAAGUGGCAUUUUGUAAGAACUGUGAUUGAUAUUUUGUUACUUGGAAUCUAGUCUAUUAUGCGCUACAGUUUGCGCAAAGGCGAGUUUCCGCCGAGAGAACGUCAUCGAGUUCGUUGAUGCCAAACACAUGCCAGAUAAAAAUAAAGAAACUUAUUAUAUUUUCAGCCAAAAUCCCAUGCAAGGCUUUUUGUUAAUUUUACAAACUGUACAAUUUAAUUGUUAAUUUGGAUACCGCCCAAAUUAAUAGUUAACUGGACAGUUCAGGAACGAAUCCAGGAAUUUUCAAGGGGAGGUGGCUGGUACCUUGCGGUUGCAGGAUCAAUUGAGCAUGCGUGCGGACUCUCGUUACUCUUGCUAACUGUUGUAACCGUUAGAGAAUGACGUAUUUUAUCGCUAUUUUAGCUAGAAUAAAGUUACUUGUAAUGACAAUGAGGUACCUGUCCAGGGAGGUGCUUUUAUUUCUGCCAUAAUACUCACAGUCUUUCUCACAGUCUUUCUCCAAAUGCGGGGUGGCUAGCCACCUAAUCUACCUUCCGUAAAUCCGCCCCUGCAGUUCUGGGUGCAGUAUAAUUUACCAGGUAAGAUCUGGACAACUUCAUUCGUCCAAAUUGGAAAUAACUGAAGUAAAAAGAAAACUCCUCUAACUGCCAAAUUUUGCAGUCCUCAGAUUUUUUCAUCCAGACCUUUCCUCUUUCCAAAUUGGACUGCACUUAGUCCUUUUUGUAUUACAUAUACAAACAUGAGCAUUCGCCUUACGCAAGAGACCAUAAGAGUGAUAUAGCGGAUUUUGCAUGCAGUCUCGUGAUCAAUGGAUUAAAAGAGGAAUCAACUGCGUGAAGACACAGAAAUAAACAUCCUUUAAUGAUGUGUUAAUGAUUUGUGAAAAACCCAGUCCUAAUUUUCGUAGGUGUCGGCUAGACUCUGAUCUGCGCUCGCGUGCUGCGUGAUUUUUGUCAACUCUAUGCAUUGUCGUUAUUAUCUUCGGACGCUUUCCAUUCGACCAAAAUUUCCGAGUUGCAUUUCGAAAAUUUUCAGUAGCGAGUGGAACAGCUUCUUGCACAAUUUCCGGCAAAGAGGACAACCGCUGGGAGCUUCCGAUAUUUGUUACCGGGAAUUUCUAUUCCAUUUGAUUUUUAUCACUGAAUUUCCGGAACUUUUUGGUUGAAAUGAAAGCGCGCCUCAUUUAACCUAUCAGUAAACGGGGUAGGGUUGUUGUGAGGGGGGGAGGGAGUGAAAAGCGAGGAAGGAGGGGGGAGCUCUUUUCCAGUCUCCCUCCUCUCCCUUCCCGUCAGCCGUGUUCCGGGUGAAAAUACUAGCGGUUCGAUUUCACUGAAAAAAAAGACCAGUGCAUCUGCACCAUGCGCAGAGCAGAAG